AUGCUUAUUUUUACUGGAUCUAUUGGAGUUGGAAAAACAUCAACUAUUGAUGCAUUUAUGAAAUAUUUUGAAACAGAAAGUGUUGGAAGAAUAAAAGAAUAUAUUGAUUAUUCACCAAUAGAAGGAAAAAAGUUACUUAAUGGAGUAACAAAUGGAACAAUAAGAAAUUAUACAUUACAAAAGUUUAUUAUUCAAUGUUAUAAAGAACAAUUGGAAAACAAUAAAAAUAAAAAAUUACUAAUUUUUGAACGUCAUCCUCGUGAAGCAUUAAAAUUAUUGUGUGAAAUAGAUAAAACAAAAAAAAACAAUUAA